CUGUGUGGCCGCCGCCGGGCGCUCGUGCGGGCUGUGCCGGGAGCCGGGCGGGCGGCGGCGGCGGCGGCGGGCGGUGCCCCGGGUCCGUGGCGCCGAGGCUCGCAGCGGGCGCUGCCCAUGGGCCGCGCCCGGGGUUCGGGCGCGCCGGGAGCCGGCAAGCAUGCCACAGACGCUGAGUGCCUCCGACAUGGUCACCCCAGGCAGCCUCAGCCCACCCCCCACCGAGCCCACAGAUGUCGAACAGGCUGGGCAGCCCCUCCUGGAUGGAGCUCCAUCCUCAGCCUCCCUGGAAACACUGAUCCAGCAUCUGGUGCCCACAGCUGACUACUACCCCGAGAAAGCCUACAUCUUCACCUUCCUGCUGAGUUCUCGUCUCUUCAUCGAGCCCCGGGAGCUCCUGGCCCGAGUCUGCCACCUGUGCAUCGAACAGCAGCAGCUGGACAAGCCGGUGCUGGACAAGGCCCGGGUCCGGAAGUUCGGCCCCAAACUGCUGCAGCUGUUGGCCGAGUGGACUGAGACCUUCCCAAGGGACUUCCAGGAGGAAUCGACCAUCGGGCACCUGAAGGACGUGGUGGGCCGCAUCGCCCCCUGUGACGAGGCAUACCGGAAGAGCAUGCAUCAGCUCCUACAGGCUCUGCACCAGAAGCUGGCGGCUCUACGCCAGGGGCCAGAAGGUCUGCUGGGUGCCGACAAGCCCAUCUCCUACAGGACCAAGCCGCCAGCGUCCAUCCACAGGGAGCUCCUUGGUGUCUGCAGCGACCCCUACACACUGGCCCAGCAGCUGACCCAUGUGGAACUGGAGAGGCUGCGGCACAUCGGGCCUGAGGAGUUUGUCCAGGCCUUUGUGAACAAGGACCCUCUGGCCAGCACAAAGCCCUGCUUCAAUGACAAGACCAGCAACCUAGAGGCUUACGUGAAAUGGUUCAACAGACUGUGCUACCUGGUGGCAACUGAGAUCUGCAUGCCAGCCAAGAAGAAGCAGAGGGCGCAGGUGAUUGAGUUCUUCAUCGACGUGGCCCGCGAGUGCUUCAACAUCGGCAACUUCAACUCCCUCAUGGCCAUCAUCUCCGGCAUGAACAUGAGCCCCGUCUCCAGGCUGAAGAAGACCUGGGCCAAAGUGAAGACGGCCAAGUUUUUCAUCCUCGAGCACCAGAUGGACCCUACAGGGAAUUUCUGCAACUACAGGACAGCCCUGCGAGGGGCAGCCCACCGCUCCCUGACUGCCCACAGCAGCCGGGAGAAGAUUGUCAUUCCCUUCUUCAGCCUGCUCAUCAAAGACAUCUACUUCCUGAAUGAGGGCUGCGCCAACCGCCUUCCCAAUGGACACGUCAACUUUGAGAAAUUCCUGGAGCUGGCCAAGCAGGUGGGGGAGUUCAUCACCUGGAAGCAAGUGGAGUGUCCCUUCGAGCAAGACCACAGCAUCACGCAUUACUUGUACACCGCCCCCAUCUUCAGUGAGGAUGGUCUUUAUCUGGCUUCUUAUGAAAGUGAAAGCCCAGAGAACCAAACAGAAAAAGAGAGAUGGAAAUCUCUAAGAUCUUCUAUUUUGGGGAAGACAUGAAAAGUGCUGAACUGAGGGAGGAGGAAGAGAUGGAGCCCGCAGACGCCGUCGACAGCCCUGCCUCAGAUGGCCCAGCGGGCAGAGGCAGGGGAGCGCCUCACUACUUUGCAAACGCCAACCCUGUGGCCCCCACAUGGCCAUAUGGGCCCAGGAGACCUUUUGUGGGACUUCAGCCCUGGCAGGGCCCAGGGCCUCCAGACGUGUGGGUAGCACGUGCCUUGGGGACAUCCUGCCUUCAGGACCGUGGGGUCAUGUGACUGGUCAGUCUGUCCAUCCUCGGCAAGGACACGGCACUGCCUCAGACGAUCGGGCCACUGCAAGCUCAAGACCUUGCUCAGUGACAUACCACUUUGGCCAAUACCCACAGUCUGUUAUCAGGUGGCUUGGGAACUUCUGCAACCAUAGCAGGCAUCACGGUGCCAUGUGAGAUGCCUGUGCCAGCUCCGAGUCCACCGGCAGCCACUGCCAUUCUGCCCAUGGGCCCUUGCCCUGCCCUGCCGAUGAGCUUGUCUCUGCAGCCCCAGGUACCCCCAGCCCCAGGGGAUAGCUUUCCAGUGACAGCUGUGGAACGGGUCAGCAGGACACUGGAUACAUGGAGUACAGUGUGUACACGGCAGUCCUGCUAUAAACUUUUGUUGCUAUAAAGCCCAGCCCCCUGUAAACUUUAGUUGCUAUAAACACACCCAUACGCC